AAGUGAUUUUGCAACCUGUUGCAAAGCUCAGAUUGCAUGUGGACUGAAGACGUGCUCAGCCCUGAUGCUGUAGUGGGCUCUGUACUAAAAUUAACCCGUCAUCUGCAGUCCUGUCAUGGCUGAGAGGGACAGUCCAACUGAUCAUGGGGAAGAAGAGGAGUUGGAACAAGACAAAGAUACAAACACUCCUGAUGAUAGAGACACUGCCACUGCUAGAGAAUCCCCAGACGUAGAUUCUAGUGAGGAUCAGCAGCUUGUUCAGCUUCCAACCCAACCUGAGGAACAGUCAGAGUGUCCAGGCUGCCAAUCGAUGGGCAUACUGACGCUGCCUUGUGGCCACAAACUGUGUCCUACAUGUAUCGAGCUGAGCCAGGGGGAGCUGGGUCAGGCUGGCUGCACCAUCUGCUACGGAUCACAGUUAAUGGACUCGGUCCUGCACACUUUACUGGAAGCCCUGUUCCAUGGCCAGCCAAGGAGACCUGGGGUCACAGCUGGAGCUGCAGAAGAGCAUGUCAGGGCGACGGAGGGUGGAGGGAGAGCCUUGGGUGUGGUGAAAGAAGAGCUGUGUGUGGCGCAUGGGGAAAUGCUCAGUGUGUUCUGUCUGGAAGAGGGCGAGCCACUCUGCCAGCAGUGUCAGACAGACGAGCAUGAAGCGCACCAGUGCUGCUCCAUACAGGAGGCUGUCCUCGACUGUAAGAGAGAGCUGCGCUCUGCAGUCAGAGGUCUCCAAGAGCAGUUGGAGAGUUUAACAUCCAUCAGACAAACCUGGGAGGAUACAGCUGCUCAUAUCAAGAGCCAAUCAGUACAAACAGCACAGGUCUUGAGGGAGGAGUUUGAGAAGAUGCACGUGUACCUCCGUGAUGAAGAGGCCACUCUGAUGUCACAGCUGAAACAGGAAGAGGAGGAGAAGGGUGAGAGGAUGAAAGAAAAGAUUGACAGACUCAACAAUGACAUACGAGAGCUCACCAGCAGUAUCAGAGAGACAGAAGAAGCCAUGGGCUUUGAUGACUUCCUCUUUCUGAAGAACUACAAGAAGGCCUCUGAAAGGGCUCAGUGCAGAGUAGAGGAGCCUGAAGAAGAAUCAGGAGCUCUGCUUGAUGUGGCCAAACACCAGAGCUGUGUGCAGCACCACGUCUGGGACAAGAUGCUGAGGAUUAUCCAGUACUUCCCAGUGACCAUGGACCCUAACACAGGCUCGGUGUGUUUAGGCGUGACUCCUGACCUGUCCAGUGUGUUUGUGUGCGAGGAGCAAACUCUUCCAGACAAUCCAGAGAGGUUUGUGAGCCCACAGAGCAUCCUGGGCUCAGAGGGCUUCAGUUCAGGGAGGCACAGCUGGGAGGUGGAGGUGGGAGAUAACAGUCACUGGUCUCUCGGUGUGGCCAGUGAGUCGGUCCAUAGAAAGGACUGGUCCAACUCUGGUUUAAACCCCGGUCCUGCCUUAGACUCAGACAUAGACCUUGGUGGUAGCUUAUGGACUGUGUCCCUCUCCUCUGGUGAAUUCUGGGCAUCUCCCGGCCACAGUGCCCCGCUCAGACUGAGAAGAAAGCCAUCCAAAGUCAGAGUUCAGCUAGACUGGGAGAGAGGGUGUCUGACUUUUUCUGAUGCCAAUGACAACGGCCUGAUCUAUCGUUUUAAAAAGCAGUGGAGCGGAACUCUGAGACCCUACUUCUCUACGACAUGUUCUAAACACCCACUGAAAAUCACAGCAGGGAGAGUGACUGUUAACAUAGAAUAACAUCACACUGUCGUGAUGCUAAA